AUGAAAAAGGCUACGGCAAUCUUUUCGAUCGCGGGACAAGCCCUGUGCACUUGGGCCCUUUCUGGCUACCUUGAAGCCAAGCCAUCCAGUAGCAUCGCAGUCGCCCGACAAGCAGCCAUCCCCGAUGUGGAUAUUCCGCAAUCGGUCGAAGGCAUAUGGGACAGUCUCACAGGGAACAACAACUGCCUGGGAUGCCAGGGAAUUCUUCUCAUUUUGAGGACGCUCGCAAACUUUGGUGACGAUGCUUUCGUCGGCGCUCUGCAGAAGCUCUGCAAUGCAGCUUCCACUAACAAGGUGCACAUUAAGUCCGAAGAUGAAGACGUCUGUAACGGGACUCUAGCUCUGGAAGGCCCCGUGAUUGCUGCAAUAAGACAGCUCAGGUCUUCUGUACAACUAUACUUGGGCCUCUGUGACUACCCUGAGGUUGAGCCGUACAUCGUUCCCAUGCCCCCCAAGACUAUCAGCUCACCUCCCCUGGCAAACACCUCCUCAAACGGAACAAAACCCGCCCCUUUCAAGGUCGCUCAUUUCUCAGACAUCCACAUCGACCUUCUCUACGUCACCGGCUCCAACGCCAACUGCUCCAAGCCGAUGUGCUGCAGACCGUACACCCCCGCCGAUGAGCCUGGCAACAACGACUUUCCCGCCGGCCCCUUCGGCGACCACAACUGCGGCGCCCCCCUGAGCCUCGAACAGAGCAUGUACGCCGCCAUCAACGCCCUCUCCCCCGACUUUGCCCUCUUCACCGGCGACAUCGUCGACCACGCCAUCUGGAACACCACCGUCGCCCAGAACUCCGCCGAGAUCAGCAUGGCGUACCAGCACAUGUCCGACGCGGGCCUGCAGAUCUACGGCACCGUCGGCAACCACGAGAUGUCGCCCGCGAACGCCAUCCCGCCGACACACCUCGGCGCUGGCGCGCAGUGGCUGUACGAAGUCGUCUCCGAGGCGUGGAGCAGGUGGAUCGGGUCGCCUGCGGAGGCGAAGGCCGUUGGUGCGUACUCGGUCAAGACGCCCAGGGACGGGUUGAGGGUGAUUUCGGUGUCGACGAACUUUUGGUACACGCUCAACUUCUGGAUGUACAAGUAUGUGCAGAGGGAUCCGAGUGAUCAUCUCAAGUGGCUCGUCGGGGAGCUCGAUGCAGCGGAGAAGGCUGGCGAGCGCGUGCUUCUGGUUGGGCAUAUGCCCAUGGGCACGUCUGAUGCACUCCACGAUGGGUCGAACUACUUCGAUCAAGUCGUGAACCGGUACAAGGAUACCAUUGCUGGACUCUUCUUCGGCAACCCAGGACACACCCACCUCGACCACUUCCAAAUCAGCUACUCCAACUACAACAACCGCACCGCCUCCAACGCCGUCGCAACAUCCUACAUCGCUCCCUCCAUGACCCCCCUCUCCGGCAUGCCCGCCUUCCGCCUCUACACCAUCGAUCCCAUCACCUUCGGCAUCCUCGACAUCGAGACCUACGUUGCCGACAUGACCGACCCGACCUUCCAAACCACCGGGCCCGCGUGGAAGCGCUCCUACGCCGCCAAGGAGACCUUCGGCGUCCUCCUUGACACUCCCGUCCCUGCGGGCGCGGAGCUGACCCCAGCGUUCUGGCAUAACGUCACCGUCGCGCUGGAGAAUGACCCAGCUGCGUUUGAGGCGUACUGGGCGCGCAGGACACGCGGGUGGAACGUGCCCGAGUGUGACGACACGUGCCGUAAGAAUGAGGUUUGCCAGCUGCGUGCGGCGAGGAGCCAGGAUAACUGCUUUGUUCCGACGCCCGGUAUGUCGUUUGGCAUUAGAUCGGAGGACGGGACGAGGAAGCCGGCGGAGUGUGACCGGUCCGUGGCCAGGGAGACGAUCGGGUCGCUUGCUGUUCGCAAGGGCCAGGUUGAACUUCUCGAAGCCUUGCUGAAGGAGCACCGGGAGGGAAAGUGA